CUUUGUAGUUAUCCCCUUUUUCUUUCUUUUGGGAGAAAAAACAAAUAUAGUGAGCAGUAUGAGAUUCAGUACAGAAGAUCUGUGAUCACGGCGCGUCGAGGCGCGUCGGUGCGUUAGUUAAAUAGAGAGCGGCGGCGUUGCAGAGUGUCUGGGGACCCCCUCAUAGUGAUGCUGGUAUGCAUCUGAUAUUAUAGUGCAUUAUCAUUUCUCCGCGAUGGGAAUGUAUUAACGCUCGUUCCCGAUAAAUCUGCGCGCUCUAUAAUAAGACUCGUGAUCGCGUCUCCGGUUCCAAUAAACUUUCACAUCCCUAUUUUUAUUUGAUCAGCUUUUACUCAUAAGGACAGAGCAGAUCUGGUGUAUCACAGUCAGAGUUAAGUUGCAGAAAUGAGGGAAAGGUUCGCUUUCUAUCUUCUCAUCUUCGCUAUAACGCUACUUUGCCGCACGAGGUCAGUGUCUGCAGAUGCCACAACAGAUGCCUUCAAAAACAACAUCACCCUCUUCACACGCAUCCUGGACCGUCUUUUGGACGGCUACGAUAACCGGCUGAGACCCGGACUGGGAGAUCGAGUCACUACAGUAAAGACAGAUAUCUACGUUACCAGUUUUGGCCCUGUUUCAGACACCGACAUGGAGUACACCAUUGACGUGUUCUUCAGGCAGAGCUGGAAAGAUGAACGGCUGAAGUUCGAGGGACCAAUGAAUAUUCUGCGUUUGAACAACCUGAUGGCUAGUAAGAUCUGGACUCCAGACACAUUCUUUCACAAUGGGAAGAAAUCUGUGGCUCACAACAUGACCAUGCCCAACAAACUACUGCGUAUCCAAGACGACGGCACCCUACUCUACACUAUGAGGUUGACGGUCCAUGCCGAGUGUCCAAUGCAUCUCGAGGAUUUUCCCAUGGACUUCCACUCCUGUCCUCUCAAAUUCGGCAGCUAUGCCUACACAAUAACGGAAGUGACGUACACCUGGACAAAGAAUGCAUCCAACUCUGUGGUGGUAGAGGAGGAGAGCUCUAGACUCAACCAAUAUGACCUACUGGGACAAACUGUGGGCAAUGAAACCAUCAGUUCCAGCACAGGUGAGUACACAGUGAUGACGGCUCACUUCCAUCUGAAGAGGAAGAUUGGUUAUUUUGUGAUUCAGACGUACCUGCCGUGCAUCAUGACCGUCAUCCUGUCCCAGGUGUCCUUUUGGCUGAACCGAGAGUCCGUUCCGGCUCGGACCGUGUUCGGCGUGACCACAGUACUGACUAUGACCACUCUGAGUAUCAGCGCCCGUAACUCCCUGCCGAAAGUCGCCUAUGCCACAGCCAUGGACUGGUUUAUCGCCGUGUGUUAUGCCUUUGUCUUCUCUGCCCUGAUCGAGUUUGCCACCGUCAACUAUUUCACCAAGCGUGGCUGGGCUUGGGAUGGCAAAAGCGUAGUCAAUGACAAGAAAAAGGAGAAGGCCUCAGUCAUCAAGAAAAACAAUGCAUAUGCCGUUGCCGUGGCUAACUAUGCCCCCAACAUCACCAAGGACACCGUCCUUCCCACGAUCGCUAAGGGGAGCAUGGCCGAACCAGGGAAGGCCAAAGCCGACGGAAAACCGGCCGAGGCAAAGAAAACCUUUAACAGUGUGAGUAAAAUUGACCGCAUGUCCCGCAUCAUGUUCCCAGUCCUUUUCGGGACUUUCAACCUGGUGUACUGGGCGACAUAUUUGAACAGAGAACCUGUGAUCAAAGACAUGGUGCCCUCAAAUUAGAGGCCUUCCAGGAUUGCCAUGGACUAAAGACUAGGCCAGAACCACCCAGGGACUCUGAAUACAUCACGCUCCAAUGCUCUAUUCCCAUCUGCUCUGGAACAGACGUGCCGUGGAUUGAUGCAAGAUGCCUUUCUUUCUCUCUCUCUUGCUCUCGUCUCUCUUUUCUACAGCUUUUUCAGCAGUCCUUUUAAAAUGACAUUUGCCUUUGUAAAUAUGUACAUAGUGAAAAUGAUGUGUUGCGUAAGUGCACAAUGUUUGGUUUGACGUGUUCUACUCCGUGUGGAUUUUUUGUUUGUUUUCUCCUGAAAUCUGACUUUGGACCACUCUCUGUGAUCUAGAUUAAAUUAAAUUGAUUUAAUUAUAUAUCAAUCUGGUGUACACGUUACUAUUUAGUGAUGGUGCUUGUUUUUGAGUAGCCUAUUAUUUUUUUUUAAGAUCAAGCUCUUUUGUGUUUUUGGUCGAAUAUUUUGUUCUGGGCCCAUACACAAAAAAGACAUGAAAACAACUGUUUACACACAUUUAUGAAUCAUUAUGUUGUUGUUUUUUUUUUUUUUUUACUUGUAUUGAACCUAGAAUAUUUCUUUAACAGCAUUUUGCAUUAUGACAAAAUGUUAACAUGGUUUUGGAUAUGUUUACUGUCAGUUUUUUGACUAUAUAUCCCUUUAUAAAGAUCUUCAAUGCAGCAGCAUAACAUCGCUGUCUGAUAAAAGGCACGUAUCUCCAAAAAAUGCAUUUUUCAAGAGCAUGGAAAAACUCUUUUUCUCAUAAACAAACUUACAAAAUGGUUCGAAAAUAACAUAAUUAGUCACCUUUAGCAUCAUAAAUAGAAGUCUAUUAUUACACACGUUAGUGCACUGUUUGAUAUUUUAAUUGGAUUUUUGUUAGCGAACGUGGGCAUACAUGGUUUUCUUAUCAUGUGUUCCAAUGGCGCAUGUUCAGUUACAGACUCGAGUCUAACUGUUCAUGUUCCCAGAACUCAGUUGGUAGGUUAUCGAUUGCUAGAGAAUUUAUUUUUGGAUAUAAUCUGAGCUUUCACUUACUAUUUUAGAUAAAAAUCAGUUUUAUGAGUAUGGUUUCUAGUCCGGAUGUUGAGUGGACAGUUCGGUUUUGAGACACGUUUUCUGUUCCAAUGCAUAAAUUAAGAAUUAGCUUUCAAUCGCAGUUUCGUGAACUUGGAAAUCUGGCAACCGUAUAUGGCUAUUAUAGUCUACUUUUUAAAGCAACAUGACAUUGUGCGUGCACGAAUGGCUUUGGUUGUCAGGGAAAUCACAGAACCAGCGUGAUGUAGGCAAUCUUUUCACUACACUUCAAACUUAAAAACAAUAGUAUUAUUUACACAAAUCUUUGCUUUUGGACUCCUUUCAUAGUUGUACAUAUUUUAACACUGUUUUCAAAGAACAAGAGGAGAUACUUUACCUUGGUGGUGUUGUUAUAGAUGAGCAGACACUAUAGUUGAUGCUCUUCAAAACAUAUGUGGUUUUGAUGGACACUUCUCAAGGCCAAUGGAGAUACUUGUUAAACAGAGAGCCUGAUUAAACAUCUUUUCAUUGGUCAUUAGAUGUACAAUUCAAACUGUAGGAGGAGGUCAAUCGGCACAUUCCGUCUAUGGUAAAAAGUCAAGAUUGCCAAAAGUGGAGAUACAUGUUUUUCAUCGGACAGCGAUGAUAUGUUAGGGUGAUGGGGGAAGCUCACACAACCUGAACUAUGAUGUCAAUAUGAAACAGCUAUUGCAACCCUUUUUGCUUCUUAAUAAAACAAGAUAUUCAACAACAAAAAAAAAAGUACUUUUUUCAGAACCUUUUUCCAAAAGGAUUUAAUUAGAUUGUGAAAAGUGAUCUCUAUAUGACCAGGUGGUUGGAAGGGAGGGGUUAAAAAUAAGAUGGCUUGGUGAUAGGGUUGCCAACUGUCCCAUAUUAGCAGGGACUUCCCAUAUUUUCGCAGAAAUUAAGACAACCUGCCAAGGGCGUAGAUUUGGUUUGGACAAGACUUGCUAGUCUUGAUUAUUGGUCAAAAUCUACGCCCCUGCAACCUUUACAUUCCAUCACGUAAGCCAGGAAAAACAUUAGUCUCCCUACAAUGUUUGGAUGGUGGAAUGCUUGAGAGUGUUCCUGACAGCGAAACGUUCUGUAUUGAAGCACUCAAAAUGCUCAAGUGAAAAGUUGGCAACUCUGCUUGGUGAUGUCAGCUGAAAAAGCAAAAAUGUGUCAGACGCUGAGCAAGCAUUACAUUUUGAUAAAAGAUUACAAAUAUUUACUUUUUUAAAUAAAGUAUAUAUAUAUAUAUAUAUAUAUAUAUUUUUUAAAAAAAGCCAGGGACAUGCAAUUCGGUUAGUAAAUAUGGUAAAAUGUUUAGUUCAUGUUGAAUUUAAU